CGAUAGAAAUGGCGAACGAUUUUCGCUGGCGUUAAUUUUUGCCUCAAAAAUGGUGAAAACUAGACAUCAAGAAGUGACUAGUAGUCAUUUUCCAAAUGACUUCCUAACCAUUUCCUCCAGAAGAAGCAGGCGGUCGACAGGUAUUGAACAUCACUCAGACGAAUAUGGCAGUGAUGGAGAUGGGAGCGAUACCACGGUCAUGACCUUCCCGAAAAGGAGAGGGGUCAAGCGCAUGGCCGAUACGUCAUCAUCAUCAUCGGAAGAUGAAGAAGUACAGAUGGCCCCCAUGCGCACGCGGCGUAGCAAGCAGUCGGCUCGCGGCAACGACGGAGACAAGAACGACUACCGCGUGAUGAACGGUGACUCGGGGAUCAGGCGCAGCACGCGGCAGCGCCGCAUGGUCUACGAUACACUCAACAUGUCGACACUCGAGAAGCACCUGCAGUCGAGUGGUAACACGGCUGAGGAGAGACACUACCACAGCUUUGAGAAAGUUACGAGUGCACGCCACGAGGGCAUAGGUUCAAACCAGUUGUUCAACGGCACGCCGGAGAAUAACGAUAACGAUAACGAUGAUGAUAACACAGAGCCAGAGGAGUCUGGGAUUGAUCGUCAUACACCCAGAACCACGAGACAGAGUAGCAAGGCGGAGACUUCGAGCCGUGACCAGCGCCACGACGAUAGCCGCAGCAACAUGUCGGAGAAAGAGAAACGGGCGAGGAAGAAGCACCUGAUACGCGAACUACGAAUGCUCGACAUUAGCAAUCAGAAUCUGGAUCAGGACAUGUAUUCUCGCGUGAAGCGCGAACGCCGGAGCGUCGUGCGUAACAUGUACGGGAUCCCUGUACUCGAGCAGAGGACGGGGAGCACCGAGACUUCGGGAGGGUCUGAAUCGGACGAUGAAGGUCAAGAGGAGGAAGAGGAGGAAGAAAACGAAGAGGGGGAAGAUGAUGACGAUGACGACGAAGAGGAGGAGGAGGAAGGAAAUGCUCAGAGCCAGCGCAAGUCCUAUUUUUUACGCACAAAGAAACCGCCAACGAAUCUCUUUCAGAUUCCACUCGAUGAACGAAAGUCCAAGAAGCGAGACGAGUACUUCCGCACGGAGACCCCGCCGCCGGGAUGCCAUAAGCAGCAGCCCGUCUCCUACCGGUCGCCCGCGCGCAAGUCCAACCUCAGCUUCAAACGGAAGAAGCAUGCGAUCCACAGCGGCUCAUCGACUAGCUCCAGCUCCGGCAGCAGCAGCGACGAUGAGCAGAAGUUUCAGCGGCGCAAGGUGAAGAGCAUGGCGCGUGCCCGCAACAGAUGCUUGCCGAUGAACUUUCGUCCGGAGGACCUGACCAGUAACGUCAUACUGCGAGACAGGGUGAAGAUUGGAUCGAGCCUGGCUGACGUUGAUCCGAUGAAGAUAGACAGCAGCGUGACGUUUGAGAGUGUCGGGGGUCUUGGCAAGCACGUGCGUGCGCUGAAGGAGAUGGUUGCAUUUCCACUCAUGUACCCGGAAGUGUUUGAGCGAUUCAAGAUAUCACCGCCGCGGGGAGUGCUCUUCUACGGACCACCAGGUACGGGCAAGACGCUCGUAGCGAGGGCGCUCGCAAACGAGUGUAGCCACGGCGACAAGCGCGUUGCCUUCUUCAUGCGUAAAGGUGCUGACUGUCUCAGCAAGUGGGUGGGCGAGUCCGAACGGCAGCUGCGUCUCCUGUUCGACCAGGCCUACCAGCUGCGACCUUCCAUCAUCUUCUUCGAUGAGAUCGACGGGCUUGCGCCGGUGCGCUCGAGCCGGCAGGAUCAGAUCCACAGCUCGAUCGUGUCGACGCUGCUCGCCCUCAUGGACGGCCUCGACGGCCGCGGCGAGAUCGUCAUCAUCGGCGCGACGAAUCGCAUCGAUUCUAUCGACCCCGCGCUCCGCCGGCCCGGCCGCUUCGACCGCGAGUUCCUCUUCCCGCUGCCUUCCGAGGAGGCUCGACGAAGUAUAAUCAAGAUUCACACGAAAAAUUGGAACCCGCCGCUCAGUGAUGCAUUUCUCUCAGAGAUGGCAAAGCACACAGUUGGAUACUGCGGUGCGGACGUAACGGCGUUGAUCACGGAGGCUGCGCUGCUUGCACUGCGGCGACGCUACCCACAGAUCUACACUUCCAAGGAAAAGCUGCAGCUCGAUGUAUCAUCCAUCAACAUCUCGGCAAAAAAUUUCCACGACGCCAUGCAGGUGAUUGUGCCAACGUCUCAGCGAUCGGUGGUGUCGCCGGGCCGGGCGCUGUCAGCGACGAUACGCCCGCUACUGCACAACACGCUGCAGCGCGUCAUGAAGCUGCUGCACCUCUCCUUCCCCUCCGUGCUCUCUCACGCCUCCAGCGUUGACAUGCCGCAAGCAGAGGAUUGCAGUGGCAGCGUCGUAGAUCUGUUUGAGGAGGAUAGCGAGGAUGAGGGCGUUAGCAUCUUUGCCACCGCAAAACCCGGAUGCACGUUCAAGAAUGGUCCAAAGCUGCAGUCAGGGUCGUUUUGCUUCACCAGCUCACGCUUCCCGCCAACCCACCGGCCGCGGCUGCUGCUGGCCGGGCGGCUGGGUGACGGCCACACGUCGCAUCUCGCGCCGGCCGUGCUCCACUGCAUGGAGCGUGUGCCCGUCCAUCGCAUAGACCUGCAGACGCUCUACGGAGUCAGUGCCAAAUCCGCCGAGGAAAGCUGCACACAGAUAUUCCGGGAGGCGCGCUGCACCUGCCCCAGCGUCGUCUACCUGCCGCAGGUCGAGAAGUGGUGGGAUGUGAUCUCGGACACGCUACGAGCGACCUUCCUGACCCUGCUCGCCGACCUUGAACCCAGCGCCCCCGUGCUGCUGCUCGCGACCACCGACGACGAACAACAGCUGCAGCCGGAGGUGCGGGAGCUGUUUGACAUGUACCGGCAUGAGGUCGUGAGGAUGCAGGAUCCAAACGCUGUCGAGCGCCACGCCUUCUUCUCCGACUUGAUCAUCGUCCAGGCUGCUGCAGCGCCCCCUAGAAGGAAGAAUGCAGCGAAGCGAGCGCUGGAGGUGCUGCAGGUGGCUCCCCCGCCCGCGCCGCGCACGCUCACCGAGGUGGAGUUGAAGAGGGUGCGUCAGGAGGAGGAAAGCACGAUGAGAGAGCUGCGGCUCUUCCUACGCGACAUACUCAACAAGCUCGCCCGCGACCGUCGCUUCCUCAUCUUCACAAAGCCCGUCGAUAUCGAGGAGGUGCCGGACUACAUGGAUGUGAUCAGGAACCCGAUGGACCUGCAGAACAUGAUGUCUAAGAUCGACACGCAUCGCUUCCAGACGGUCCAGGAGUUCAUGGAUGACGUCAACCUCAUCGUCACCAACGCGCUCGAGUACAACCCUGACCGCGAUCCCAGCGAUCGGCUGAUUCGACACCGCGCGUGCAUGCUGCGCGACACGGCAAAUGCGAUCAUUGAGGCCGAGCUCGACCCGGAGUUUGAGAGGAUCUGCGAGCGAAUCAUCGAGUCGCGCAAGAGCAGAGGUGAGACGCCAACAAAGAAUGCGCCUAAUUUCUACCGGGUGAUGCCGCCGAACAGUACAGAGUGCGCCGGCGAUGCGUAUCCGACGCGCUACAGCCGCCGCGUGCGUGGCAUGGACGCCGCAGACCUGGAGGAGCGACAAGCCUCGUCCAAGAAGGCUGUCGACGCAACGGCGGCAGAGACGAAGCAAGAACGCGCGUUGCUUGGCGUGAAGACGGAACCACCUGCUGCGGUGGAUGAUGAUGCGCAGGCCACUGAGCCGUGCACGGCGCAGCACAGACCUGCGACGAUCGGUGACAAGGAGACUAGACCACAACAACAACAACAGCAGCAACAUCAGCAGCACUCGACGCCCGUGUCACGCAUGCGCAACGUCGACUACCUCGCCAAGCGCAAGCGCGUCAACGUCUGGUGUCGGCCGAAGCCGCGUCGCUCGAUGCGCUACUCCUUCCUCUCGGGCAUCACGUACGCCGCGCGCCCCCGCGCCGCCUCCGCCGCACAGCACUCCUCCGUCAAGGAAGAUGCCGAGUAUGCACACGACAAAGCAGCCGAGCCCACAGCCGCCGCCGCCGAAGUCACGACUGCCACGGACGCGGCGACGACGGCGGAGGAGGACGCAGGUGGCGCUGCGCAGGAGGACCAGGUUUCCCUGAAACGCUACGACAAGGACAACAUCUUUGAGCGAAUGACGGCGAUCGAGGAGUGCCCCGUGUCCCCGGGUCACCUGGCCGUCGCCGACCCAGUGACCUCCCCGCGACCUUCGCUUGAGCGAUCUCGCUCAAGGUCGCCCGGGAUCGAGUGCAGCGGGCCGGUGGGGAGCGGUGGAAACAUCGAGGCCGAGGAGAGCCAGGAGGAAGAGGUGGUCCUCAUGGAGAUGCCAAGGAAAGCUGUGCAGCAGGGAAGCCCGCCUCAGGAAACGUGUCCCAGCUCCUCGGAUCCUCGCAAAGAUACGCCGGUGUCGAUCAGGGUAACGCGAGCGUUGGCCAGCGAUCCACACAUCCUCAGGGCGCGGGAGAUCCUUAGCGAACCGACUCAGCCUCUCAUUGUUGACCAGGACCGCCUCCAGGCUUUGUUGGAGAGCAUAGUCGUGGCUACGGAACACUGCAACGUCGAGUCUCUGGAGCGAUUGCACGUGGUCCUCGGCCAGUGCGUGUACAAACACAGGAAAGACCACGAUAAGACCAUACUUAGCGAGGAGAUGGAACUCGAACUGCGCCGAUUCGCCCAGCACAAACGGAGAGCAUCACCAUAGCAACCGACCAACCCGUAGCGUGUCGGCUCGCGUGGGCUCGGCUCUCAAAGCUGUAACUGUUACAGUUAGAUGGGUGAA